CUUAGUUUAUGAGUAAUAUAUAUGAGAGAGGCAUAAUGGAACAGCAUAUCAACAUACAUAUACACAGAGCAGAAAGAGAGAAGGAAAUGAAUUCAAAGAGAGCAGAAGCUGAAAAGGCUCAUGCAGUUUGUAUUCCAUGCCCAGUUCAAAGCCACAUAAAGGCCAUGCUCAAAUUUGCAAAGCUUCUCUACAGCAAAGAUUUUCACAUAACCUUUGUGAACACAGAGUUCAACCAUCAACGUUUUCUGAAAUCCGGAGGUCCCAACGCCUUAGAUGGGUUGCCUGACUUCCAAUUCAAAACCAUUCCAGACAGCAUUCCUCCAUCGGAUUCCAACGCUACCCAAGACGCUGAUGCUAUUAGCAAAUCCAUUUCCGAAAGCUUCUCGGCUCCAUUUUCAGACAUCCUCCUCAAACUCAAUAGUACUGCAACUUCUUCAAACAAUCCUCCAGUCACUUGCAUCAUCUCAGAUGGUUUCAUGCCAUUCACUCAAACUGUUGCUCAAAAGCUUGGAAUCCCUAUUGUAAUGCUCUUCACGAUCGCUGCUUGCAGUUUAAUGGGUGCCAUGCAGCUUCCUCGUCUUAGGGAAAAAGGCUUCACACCCCUUAAAGAUGAGAGUUACUUAACAAAUGGGUUUUUAGACACAGUUAUAGACUGGAUUCCAGGUAUGAGAGGUAUCCGAUUGAGGGAUCUCCCAAAUUUUUUUAUUACUACAGAUCCAAAUGACCCUGUUUGCAAAGUGACCUGUGAAGUAGUAGAGAAAGCUCCUAAAGCUUCAGGAAUCGUUGUUCACACAUUUGACACAUUAGAGCAGGAAGUUUUGGAUGCUCUCUCCCCCAUGUUUCCUUGUGUAUAUGCCAUUGGCCCUCAACAACUAUUACUUAAUCACUCACCCAAUGACCCUCUCAAAUCAACUGGGUAUAGUUUGUGGAAAGAAGAAACUGAGUGCCUUAAUUGGCUUAACUCUAAGGCACCCAACUCAGUGAUUUAUGUAAACUUUGGUAGCAUUGCUGUCAUGACACCACAGCAGCUGAUUGAGUUUGGCUGGGGACUUGCAAAUAGCAAGUUCUUGUUUAUGUGGAUAAUUAGGCCUGAUUUAGUUGUUGGUGAUUCAGCGAUCUUGCCACCUGAGUUCAUGGAAGAAACUAAAGGAAGAGGACUAAUUGCUAGUUGGUGCCCACAAGAAGAAGUGCUUAACCACUCAUCCAUUGGAGGGUUCUUAACUCACUGCGGGUGGAAUUCGAUUAUUGAAAGUGUUAGUGCAGGAGUGCCCAUGAUUUGUUGUCCAUUUUUUGGGGAUCAGCAAACAAACUGUAAGUAUGCUUGUAAUGAAUGGGGCAUUGGCAUUCAGAUUGGUAGUGGUGCCAAGAGAGGGGAUGUGGAGAAGAAUGUAAGAGAGUUGAUGGAGGGAAACAAGGGUAAGAGAAUGAAGAAAAAGGCCAUGGAGUGGAAAAAAUUGGCCGAAGAGGCCACUAGUCCACAUGGGUCUUCGUCCAUCAACUUAGACAAGUUGGUGAAUGAUGUUCUUUUAUCAAAAGGAUAGAUGUUUUAGAAGAAAGUGAUAAAAAUGAAAAAAGUAUAGUCAUUUAAAAAUUUGAGUACACUCUGCAUCCGUUUGAUUGCUACCCAAGGGUUUGACUUGCUAUAGUGUUCAUGGGAGAAAAUCCGACUAAAUUUAAUAUGAAAAUAAAUGACAUCACUUAUCAAAUCUAAUAAUUCCAUUUAAAAAACUCUGGAAAGGGCUUCUUGUUAUGAAUGCAUUCAUGCAUUUAGUGGAUGACCAUUUAGUUCCAUCUCUUGGAAUUCUACACAUUCAUGUCAUCUUUUAGAAUUCCUAUAACAUUCAUGUAAUAAAUUGAUUAAUAUAUCCUUUUGUUUCA